CUUUGUGCGAGGGAGACUCUAUAAUCUCCAAUGAACUUCGCUUCGGCCCGCUAUAGUCCGCUUAGAAGAAACGCUUUUCAAUUCAGUCAGAAAGUGCUUUAUCAUUCUUUCCCUCAAAGUCAAACGGCGUUCCCAACGAUUUGUAAACAAAAGUCUUUUCGAUGGUUUUGUUUGUGGGUACGACUCUUCCACCCACUUCUAUGGCCUAUCUUGCCGCUCUCAGGACCCGAGUUCAACUUCGAAGCUCUGCAUUUUCGAUUACCCGAAAAGGGUUUUCUCCAUUUCAACAAAUUGCCCAAUCUCGCCUUCAGUCCGUUUCUGGUGGUGAGAUUGGAGAGACAUUAUCUGCCAAUGAAUCAGAAAUCAUAUUUAUAGGUACGGGUACCAGCGAAGGAAUCCCACGAGUGAGCUGCCUGACUGAUCCUGUAAAGAAAUGUCCGGUAUGCAUCAAAGCUGCAGAACCGGGCAAUAAAAACAGGAGGCUUAAUACCAGUAUCCUAGUUCGAUAUGCUGGACCUUCUGGAAGUCGUAAUAUUCUUAUUGACGUCGGAAAGUUUUUCUACCACAGCGCUCUCCGAUGGUUUCCAGCAUUUGGGGUAAGAACAAUUGAUGCAGUUAUUAUUACUCAUUCUCAUGCCGAUGCAAUUGGAGGUCUCGAUGAUCUUCGUGAUUGGACAAACAAUGUCCAGCCUUCCGUUCCAAUUUAUGUGGCUCAACGUGAUUUUGAGGUGAUGCAGAAGACUCACUAUUAUUUGGUAGACACAAGUGUAAUUUUACCUGGUGCUGCAGUUUCAGAGUUGCAGUUCAAUAUCAUACCCGAAGAGCCUUUUGUAGUCAACGAUUUGAAGGUUACACCUUUACCAGUCUGGCAUGGUCAUGGCUAUCGUUCAUUGGGUUUUCGAUUUGGCAAUGUUUGUUACAUUAGUGAUGUUAGUGAAAUACCUGAAGAAACUUAUCCACUGUUGAAAGAUUGUGAAAUUCUCAUACUGGAUGCGUUACGGCCUGAUCGAUCUUCUUCCACCCACUUUGGGCUUCCAAGAGCUUUAGAGGAAGUAAGGAAAAUACAACCAAGGAGAACUCUAUUCAUUGGUAUGAUGCAUUUAAUGGAUCAUGAAGAAGUAAACAGUUAUCUAUUGAAACUGAAGGAGACUGAAGGUGUUGAUGCUCAACUAAGCUACGAUGGGUUUCGAAUACCAGUAGGAAGACCCAAACCCUUGUAUCUUGAAUUAUCAAAGAGCUGCAGGAUUCUAUGGAGUCUCAUGUAUGAAAUUUAUACAAUUAGACUGACAUCUUAUGAUGGCAUUAGUGGAACGAUGGUGAUAAGAGAUACACACUUUCCACAUGUUGCAUGGAGAGUGUACGAUUACACUAUAGGAUGUAGCCAUCCAAUUUGGACUUCCGAUUAAUGGAAGACCAUUGAUCGGGUCACUAAACUACGACUAAGAACAACUAUGUGUUGUCUUCUUAGGUGUAAUAUCGAAUGACAUCGUUCUUAGGGGGGAGGUCAUCUUAGCCUACCAUGACUAGUUGAACAAUGCAACAAUUUUCAUCAAUCUACUAGAUAAUGCGAAUAAAGAUGAACUCCAACGAUAGGCUCGAGCAUAUAUUCUCACAUUGAUUGAAGGAUUGGUACAUACUGGCAAAUCCAACAACAAAGUGCAACUAAUGUAUUUUCUUCUGUUAAUAGAUUUUGAUGUUGCUGAGACGUACAGUUGGGGAGUUGAAUAUCUUGUAUGGUUAUAUAGAUAACUGUGUAAGGGUGCAGUUAUAAAUGGCAAAGACAUUGUAGAUUUGCUUCCAUUAUUGCAUAUUUGGGCGUGAGACCGAUUUCCUCUUUUAGCACAUCGACGACUAGAGAUGUCCAUGGGGUGGGGUAGGGACGGGGAAGUCUUCCCCGUCCCCAUUCCUAGCCUCUAUUUCAAUCCUUGUCCUUGUGAAAUUCCCCGCGAAGAUUAGGGCAGGGAAUUCGCGAGGAUUGGAUUCUCUGUAGGAAAAAAUUUCCUGCUUAUUUUUUCUAUAAUUUAUUUAUUUUUAACAAAUU